CAUCACUGUUAGUAAUGGAGUCGUUGCAUCGAGUAGAAACUCUUAUCUCGGGGCUCAAUCAUCACCAUCAUACUAACGCCAGCAGGAACAGAGUAUCCAGAUCUGUCAAGAUCUUAAACUUCGGGAAUGAUGUAAACCCAAGAAAGUGCUUGUGUUUUGAUCUCUACGACCAAUUGGUUCCAUACAAGAAAGCUUGGUCAUGGCAGAAAAGCAUUGUCCAGGAGAAAAAGGCAUUGAUUGAUAGCAACCAAGACUGCUCAGAUACAGUGAUUUUAUUACAACACACUCCUGUUUACACAAUGGGAACUGGCAGUUCAGAGGAUUAUCUCAAUUUCGACUUAAAGAAUGCUCCUUUCGAUGUGUGUCGAACUGAGCGUGGUGGUGAAGUCACUUAUCAUGGCCCUGGUCAGCUAGUUAUGUAUCCUAUAAUCAACCUUCGAAAUCACGAGAUGGAUCUUCAUUGGUACCUCAGGACGCUUGAAGAGAUAGUCAUCCGUGUGCUUUCCUCUAGUUUCUCCAUCAAAGCUUCCCGCCUUGAUGGUUUAACAGGAGUUUGGGUUGGCAACCAAAAAGUGGCGGCCAUAGGUAUUCGUGUGUCGAAAUGGAUAACAUAUCAUGGUCUGGCUCUUAAUGUCACAACAGAUCUAACACCAUUCAACUCGAUAGUUCCAUGUGGGAUUAGAGACCGACAAGUUGGAAGCAUAAAGGGCUUGCUUGAGAAUGGAGAACACGGAAAGGUCGAUGAUUUGAGGUUAAUAGAUAUAACUCACGAGUCUUUACUUAAGGAAUUCUCUGAAGUUUUCCAGCUUCAAAUCGAAAAGCAAACAGUUUCAGAUCCUAAAUAUUCAGAAAGCUGAGCCUUUAAAACGAUUGGAGUGACAAAAUCCUUGCAGUCUCUAUAAUAUUCUUGUAAACUCUUUGAACAUAAAGAUCUUGUCCACAUUAAAGGUUUAUUGGCUGUUUGUGACACUGUCUGCUUUUAUAGAUGUUUGU